AUGGGCACAAUGGUAACAGAAAUAGUAGCAUUUGUUAUAUCCUUAGCAGGCUGGGUGCUGGUGACUUCCACUAUACCAACAGACUACUGGAAAGUGUCUACAAAUGAUGGCACAGUAAUUACUACAGCCACCUACUGGUGCAACCUCUGGAGGAUUUGUGUGACUGAUUCUGCUGGAGUUUCUGACUGCAAAGACUAUCCAUCCCUGCUCGCCUUAGACGGUCACCUCCAUGCGUGCAGAGGCCUGAUGAUCGCAGCUGUGUGUCUUGGUUUCUUUGCAACUGCCUGUGCUCUGGUGGGAAUGAAGUGUACCACAAUCGGAGGAAGUGAUGAACUCAAAGAACGGAUUACAUGCGCUUCUGGAUUGCAGUAUUUUAUUAGUGGUAUCUGCUCUUUGACUGCCUUCUCAAUGUAUGCCAACAGGACCCUGAAUGAAUUUUUUGACCCUAGAUUUUUGGAUCAAAAGUAUGAAUUGGGGGCAGCCCUGUUCAUUGGUUGGGUAGGAUCUAUCAUGUGCAUUCUGGGAGGGAUUGCAUUCUCCCUGUUACUGUUUGAUGACUUCAGAAAAAGAGGAAAAUUAGGAACAUGUACAAGGAAAAGCAACGAAAUUAAAGCCUUGCUUAUCGAAAAUGGAGAUGUGGAAAAAGUAGAGCUGCUUAUGAAAGACUUUGUAGCAUACUUAAAUGACUUUAAAGAUGUACAUGGAAAGGUGCAGGAUCUUCUCGGCGAAGAUGAAAGGGAGACUGAUUACGUGGAGUGGUACGAGCCCUGA